AUGUCAGUGAUUGACAGUGUGACUAGAAGAGGAAGAAGAAGGAGAAGGAGGAGGUGGAGUAAGAGGUCGGACGGGGGCAGCAAGCCAGUCGCCGAAGAACAGGCUCACCUAUCGGCUGGCCUAUCCGGUUCGGUUCAGUUCGACUUGUCCUACUCGGUAUGAAGGAAGAAGGGGGAGAGAAAACAAGGGAGGGAGAGAGAGAGAGAAAAGUCGCGGCCUCGGCGGCGGCGGGCGCUGCACGACUCAAACACGAAAAACCGGACAGACACUCCAAGUUGUCGGAGGGGCGACAAAACCGACCGUCUCGCCUCCGAACUUGCUUCGGAGAGGCGAGUAGGGAGGAGGAAAGGCCGCUCCACACCAGAAAGACCGGCCCCGAAGCGGCGAUUCUGGCUGCUGGCGACGCCGAAGGCGGUUCCUGUCGGACACGCCCACAUUUCGACAGUCUCCACCAUCAUCGGCCACCUCCACCUCUGCACACCGCCCUUUGUUCCACCAAAAUCAUCGGACUUGGAGCCGCGUCUUUCUGGCCACGCCCACUCGAAAAUAAUUCUCAUGUCGAGGUUGAGGUUGAGAUGA